UUAUAAUAGUAUAUUUUCAUUAAGAUUUAGUAAGUUGGAAACAUGAAUUAUUUAUUGCUUGCUUUAGUUUUACGUUUUGAUUUUUAUCUCCUUUAUGUCCAAAGUAAUUCUAAAGAACUAUCUUUCUGGGUGCUUAUCCUAAAAAUGAUCAUCUAAAUUUCUUCUUUAUGUUCUCUAUUAAUGAAUUUACAGUGUUCAGUACGUAGAGGUGAGAUUUUUUUUUCCCUGAAAAGCCUUUAAAGCCUAUAUUUGUUUGAUUUCCCAGUGGUUAUGUGUGACCUACACUUUUUUGAGUUAUUCUUUCUCUCAGAUGUCACUGUUUGAAUUUAUCAACUUACAAAACUUGAGCGCAUUUGAUGCCUUUUAGAUAACAAAGAAAAAUACUGCCUUUCCUGUGUGAUUCUAUAUUUAACUUGGCAUUAGAAUGAAAAUUUGAAGAAGUUUUUCUAUAUUUUUCAUAGGGAAGAGACUUCCACCUUAGAAUAUUGCUGCCUGAGGAUUUGCAGAUGAAGAAUGCAAGGUGACAUGGUGCUUUGUUGUAUAUUACUAUGUAGUUGGCAGCUGAAAACUGUACUUAAUGGAUACCAUCAAGUGGUCCAACAGAGAAUGCAGCACUCUCCUGACCUACUGAGCUUUAUGAUGGAAUUGAAGAUGAUUUUGGAAGUUGCUUUAAAGAAUUCGCAAGAGACACGGGUGCUAUCUGCUCCUCCCCAGUUCUAUUCAAACCUUAUUGAAGAGCUAGGAACACUUGGUUGGGAUAAGUUUGUGGACGUGGAUUCUUGCUUCAGUACCAUCAAGCUAAAAGCAGAAGAUGCUUCUGGUAGAGAGCAUCUACUCACCCUCAAGUUAAAGGCGAAGUACCCUGCAGAGUCACCAGAUUGUUUUGUGGAUUUUCCUGUUCCAUUUCCUGUUUCUUGGACACCACAGAGCUCUUUAGUAAGUAUUCAUAGUCAGUUUUUGGCAGCAUUGGACUCACUGAAGACAUUUUGGGAUGUUAUGGAUGAAAUCGAUGAGAAGACCUGGGUACUUGAGCCAGAAAAACCUCCACGGAGUGCAACAGCACGCAGAAUUGCAAUAGGAAAUAACGUUUCCAUAAACAUAGAGGUAGACCCCAGGCAUCCUACUAUGCUUCCUGAAUGCUGCUUUCUUGGUGCAGACCAUGUGGUGAAACCCCUGGGAAUUAAGUUGAGCAGGAACAUACAUUUGUGGAAUCCAGAAAACAGCCUAUUACAAAAUUUAAAAGAUGUUUUAGAAAUUGACUUUCCAGCUCGUGCCACCCUGGAAAAAUCUGAUUUUACUAUGGAUUGUGGGAUCUGUUACGCCUAUCACCUUGAUGGUGUCAUUCCGGAUCAAGUGUGUGAUAAUCCCCAGUGUGGACAACCAUUUCAUCAGAUAUGUCUGUAUGAGUGGUUGAGAGGCCUGCUCACCAGUAGACAGAGUUGUAACAUCAUGUUUGGUGAAUGUCCAUAUUGUAGUAAGGUAAGGAAAUUAUUAAUCACAUUUCAAAAACAGGAAGAGAUUUCUACAAAAAGUGGAAGACAAGCUAAUUAUUUGGGUGCAAAAACUUGGAAACCAUUUCUUUUUAAUAUGAACUUUGUGAGUUCUCUAACAAAUGGAAAUUUUGGGUUUUCUGGUACCAGGAUUCAAGUAAAAUUUAUCUGAAAAGGUCUGAAACUCAUAAUUAUUUUAGAGUUUCAUUUCCAAAUUUCCUUAGAUCAAAAUUAGAUUUCCUACAUGUUGUGAAGUAUUAAAGUAUUUCCCAAACCCUACCAUGAAACCAUUUUGAGUAUAAAG